AUGGCGCCCCAAACGCCAGAACAGAUGCUUCGUUUGUGGUAUGCCAAACUAUGGGCUCCCACCGUUGAUCUGAUCGGCGACAUUGCCGGCAAAGAGCCAUUCAUCAUUCAUGGCGAGUCUUUGAUUCGACACUGUCUUGAGGAGUCGCCUGCAGAUUUUCAAGAUGGAUUCCAGUUGUUGCACGCUGUGUAUUUCGUUGAAAGAUUCCUUAGCAAUCUUCAAAACAGAGGCUGUGACUUUGACAUCGUCUUCUUCCGGGAUUUAAGGGACGUUUGCGUUCCUCAUCUCUCUGGCUUCGAGUACAAAUAUCAGUACGCAAGAACGGUCAUCAUCAAGCAUCUCCAGAGACAUACUAUGGAAUGCGCAAAGACGACUGGCGCCCGAUCAUCCGUUUUAGAAUUCAACUCUUUUUCUAGUAAAGAAUUCAAUGAGUACCUGAAGGGUCUACCAAUCCAUUUUGUUCUAUGUCACGACGGGGUUGAAUCGGAAGAUGUCAAAGAUACCACCAUAUUGCGAUAUUUCAUCCGUCGUCUGAUCUCUAUGGGCAAAAAUGCAGCCAUUAUUAACUCCCUUAAGUGGAAGAGUUCAAAGGCAUAUGCACCGUUGCUAAGCAAGUCGCCCGUCCGACUGCCACGAUUGCCCAUCUCACCGGAAUUUGACUCGCCAUUUACCUCACUAUAUAGUCAAAAUUAUGAAUGUCUCCGGCCUAUACUGGUUGAACCCCACGACCUCACUAUUCGAGAGCGCCUAGGUAUCACUGCCUGUUUGUCUCUAGUCGGAGCGUCAAAGGACAAUUUGACGGAUCAUGAUAGUCUGCAGGAAGGAGUACAAGCGUUUCUUCUUCAUCUUGCAGUCCUCAAACACUGCACCCUACUUGAACGUCAGCAUUGGGUUGGGCCCCAGCGUUGCCAUCCACACCCAGAGGACCAAGAAUUCUUGCGUCACAUCAUCGAACUGUCAUUAAUGUUGUUGGAAAAAGAUGAUUGGAUAACGAGCAUGGAUAUUUCUGAAAAUGACUGGGAUUUGUAUGAUGCCAUUGAUGGAUCUUUGUUCCAUUUCAUGCUCGAGUCUAUCCGCUCUAGCCAGUGGCUUCCCAGCCAAAUCAUCCAGUCAUGGCAACACCUCUGGUCAGCUUUUCGCGCAGGAACUGAUGCGGAUUUUGCAGAGCAUCUCCCGCAACUUACUAUCACUUCGGUGGAAAACCUUCAAGGAGAUUCGAAUAGCUUGCAAGUCUCGGCUUUGCCUUUUAGCCAUCCUGUGCUGGACACAUUUCUCAAGGAUAUCAAGCUGAAGGAGAGUCAGGAUGUACAAGACACAUCUUCUCACUCCGUCUUUGAGGAUCUUCACCAUUGGCACAACACCAAGCUGCUAAUACCACAAAGAAAGAUCCAAAAGCUCGGCUUUUUUGCGAGAAGAAAUAUGCAAAGGCGCCUUGCUAGCGUUGUAGCAUAUUCGGCGAGUCUCACAAACGCAAGAGGCAAACUCAUUAACCCUGAGAUUGUCGUCGUGAAGAAGACUACUGCGGUGCAUAACUUCAAGAAUAAGGGGUCACAGAAAGAGAAAGGGAAUGGCAAUCUUCAAUCUCAAUCUAAGUCCAAGAAACCGGGUCGCCAAGGGAACAAGCCAGGUGGCAGAGAGAACGCACUCCGAGCGGCCCAGGAGGUUCAGGAGCAGAAAGCCUUAACCAAGCGAGACAACGUAAUCACCCUAUGGGCCGCUACAUGCCAAGACAUUGAGAAGGAUCAUUCUGUUGUAUCUCGCUAUCUCAAAACCAUCAAGUUCUUGAACGAACGAUCCAAGGAUGACAAUAUUGCGCUGGGAUCCGAGAUCCACCUUUACCUGUGCCAUCUUCUUGGGCGGUUAUGGGCAAAAGCACAGGCAGCUGUCAAAGUAUCCCCUAGUGCCGGCGUUUACCUCAUCGCACUUAUGUGGAAAUGGCUUCAGGAGCUUCCGGCUAUUGGGGUAUCCAAGACGGUAGCCAAGACGAUUGAGAAACUGACAUCUUGCCUCAAGAUUCCAAACCUUGUGGUUAAUGUCGGUGACCAGACACAAAAGAUGUCAUUCAAAUUUGACUAUAGUUCUUUCAAGAGCAUGAAAAGUUCCAUGUCAAACUUUCGGCAAAUGCAGCUCGAAUUUGCAGCGCCUUACAUGGAUCGACGAUUCGAUUCUCGGCAGGAUAAUCGGGUGCCAUUCAACCCAGAUGCUUGGCAGAUUAAAGUUCUCGACUCAAUUGAUGCCAAUAACAGUCUCCUUGUCAUUGCUCCAACCUCUGCGGGUAAAACAUUCAUCUCGUUCUAUGCUAUGAAGAAAGUACUUGAGGAAAGCGAUGACGGGGUCUUGGUAUAUGUUGCUCCAACCAAAGCUCUGGUAAACCAGAUCGCCGCCGAAAUUGGCGCUCGCUUCACCAAAACAUAUAAUAAGCCAGGUAAGUCUGUUUGGGCAAUAUACACUCGAGACUACCGAGUCCAAAGUCCAACUGGAUGCCAAAUACUUGUCACCGUACCCCAUAUGCUACAGAUCCUCUUGCUUGCUCCGACAAACGCCAAAGGCCCAAAUGCAUGGUCACAACGCAUCAAGAGGAUCAUAUUCGACGAGGUCCAUUGUAUUGGCCAGGAUUCAGAUGGUGUGGUUUGGGAACAGCUGCUUCUAUCCGCUCCUUGUCCCAUCAUCGCUCUCUCAGCAACCAUUGGGAACCCCGAACCUUUUCAGGAGUGGCUCUCACAAGUUCAGAAAAGUAAAGGAUUGAAACUGGAUACGGUAGUGCACACGGCUCGCUAUUCGGAUCUUCGAAAAUUUAUCUAUAUGCCUCAAGAAUACGAACCGUUUCAUGGGCUUCGGCGCAGCAAGACACUUCCCUUUAUCCACCCAAUUGUGGCUUUGACUGAUAGGGCUCGCACAGCGCUUGAGGAUCUCUCCCUGGAGGCGAGAGAUUGUCUACGCCUGUGGGAAAGCAUGAAGAAGAUUCUCUCAGAGGAAGAGCUUGUCAAGUUUGGCGUCCCAGACCCCUCUACCAUUCUCCCAGAGACAAUAUCAAAGUCGGAUGUUCUUCGGUGGGAGGCAGAGCUCAAACAGUCACUCAGAAGCAUCAUAGAGAACCAAGGCUCUACGUUCCGGAAAAUCAGGAAACUUUUGGAGUUACCUUCGACCCAAGAAAUCCCCCUCUCUGAAUUCAUUCCUGACUUGGAAAGUAUAUUUCAUCUUGUCGUCGAUCUGCAUAAGCAAGAUGCCCUGCCUGCUCUAGUAUUUCACUAUGACACUCACGGUUGUGAGAAGAUCGCGAAGCUGAUAUGCACGAUGCUUGUUGAGUCUGAGACAAAGUGGAAAGAGAACUCAGCCGAAUGGGCUCAGAAAGUGAAAGACUAUGAGGCUUGGAAGAGGUCUGAGGAUAAUCAACAGAGUCGAAGAGUCGUUCAACGGAACAGAGGCGAUGGCGGAGACGACUCCAGGAUGUCAAAGCAAGAGCAGUUACGUGAAGAGGCAAAUGUCGAGACAAGUCGUUGGGCGAGUUUCAACCCAAAUGCUCCACUGGACCGAUUCAGUUUUGCAGAUACGACGAAGAUGCAGGCAUUAGAGGCAAAUGAAAUGAUUCGACCUCUACGAGGAGUGGUCGAUGGUUUGUUGCUCGCAGCUCUUCAACGGGGCGUUGGAGUGCACCACUCCAGUCUGAACCGAGAAUAUCGUCAAGUGGUUGAAGUCAUGUUCCGUAAAGGGUACUUGAGGGUGGUUGUUGCCACUGGUACACUGGCCCUCGGUAUCAAUAUGCCCUGCAAAACGGUCAUUUUCCACGAAGAUUCUGUGUUUCUUACUGCCCAGAACUUCAGGCAAGCUUCAGGACGUGCAGGACGACGAGGCUUUGAUCUUCUUGGGAACAUUGUGUUCAACCAGAUCCCACGAGAACGCGUGUAUGAAAUCAUGUCGGCGCGGCUGCCGGGCCUCAAUGGACAGUUUCCGAUAUCUACAACCCUUAUCCUCAGGCUGUUCUCACUACUUCAUGGGUCUGAUAACUGCCAAUUUGCAGUUACUAUGGUGCAGUCGUUGCUGUCGCAAACGCGCCUCUAUCUGGGCGGGCCAGAAUCGGAGAUGUCCAUUAAGCAUCACGUUCGGUUUUCCAUCGAAUACCUCAGAAGGCAGAACUUGCUUUCUGCUACUGGUGUUCCUAUUAAUUUUGCCAGCAUUAUAGGCCACUUGUACUUUAUGGAGAAUGCGGUGUUUGCUUUUCACUCCCUCCUGAGGGGCGGGUACUUCCAUCAACUCUGCUCGGAUAUUUUUACGAGUCCAGAGCGAGUAUUACUAGAAAUGAUGCUGGUACUAUCCCACUUGUUUGUUCGAAUACCAGUCAAGAGCAACGAGAAGAUGGUUGAGAUAGCCAAAACCUCGUCGUCUGUCAUCUUUCUUCCGCCUCUUCCACAGGAAGCGGAACGCCUACUCAUUCGACAUAACAAGGAGACUCUGUCCAUCUUCAAGAGAUACGUCCGGUCGUAUGUCAGCCAUAACUUGACGAAUAAGAGGGAUCGGUCGUUGCCGUUUACCCAAACGGUCGUUGGUCAGGAAAAUCCCAUCUAUUGGGCUACUACUGACUCGAGCGCUGCUGGCAUGGUGCGUUCCCCUUUCGUUGCCUUGUCUGGGGAAACGGACGACUUCAAGACAAUUCACGAGCUGUGCCAGACGGCACGUGGAGAUGUCUUUUUGGAAGAAUCGGCCAUUCCAACGAUACCGAUCUGGCCACAUGAUACCAACGUGAGAUUUAAUGCUCAUCUAUACGAUUACUACAAGCACGGCAGCAUGCAUGUCCUUGCGAGAGACAACGGAAUUCGACGCGGAGAUGUGUGGUUUCACCUUAAAGAGUUCUCUCGUACUCUGUCUACCAUCAUUAGCAGUCUAACUAUUCUCAUGGACGCCAAAGACCUGGACGCGGAAGAAGAGUUUGAAAGCUUCGAGAACGAGGCUGAAACCACAGUUAGCGGAUCUGAAGAUGGCAGUGAUGAAGAAGCAGCUUCAUCCUCAACUAGCCUAGAUGGCUGGGAUGAUGGCGAAGAUGACCCUGUUGGGAGACAGAAAAAGGGCAAAGGCUUACACCGAGUGCUUUAUGCAUUCAUUCGGUUGAGGGAGGAGUUUGAUGGCAAGUUCCACCGCGAAUGGGCAUAA